CCGGGGCGAUGACGUCAGUGCAUGACUGGGUUUUUAUGAAUGAAAGGAAUCCUGUGCGUGAGUAAUUCCGGGAAGCUCGCCUUACAACUGCGCGCGGCUCCGGCCCCUUGCGCCGCCCGCCCCAUAACAAAACUCGGAGCGGCGCGGCGCGGAGCCGGGUACCCAGGGAACUGCGGUCCCGAUCGGAGAGGAGUGGGGCUCGAGCGCGGCCUGGGACCGCCACCGCGACAGCGGCGGGGACAGCUGCGACCAGCGCGCGCGCGGAGCGCCGGGCCUGGCGGAGAGCGGUCUCCAGCCCAGAGGGCACCUUCUGCAAAAAUGUCUGUGGAUCCCUUAUCCAGCAAAGCCCUGAAGGUGAAGCGCGAGCUGAGCGAGAACACGCCGCACCUGUCGGACGAGGCGCUGAUGGGGUUGUCGGUGCGCGAGCUGAACCGGAACCUGCGCGGUCUGUCGGCCGAGGAGGUGGCGCGGCUGAAGCAGCGGCGUCGCACACUCAAGAACCGCGGCUACGCGGCCAGCUGCCGUGUGAAGCGCGUGUGCCAGAAGGAGGAGCUGCAGAAGCAGAAGUCCGAGCUGGAGCGCGAGGUGGACAAGCUGGCGCGCGAGAACGCCGCCAUGCGCCUGGAGCUGGACGCGCUGCGCGGCAAGUGUGAGGCGCUGCAGGGCUUCGCGCGCUCGGUGGCCGCCGCCCGCGGGCCCGCGGCGCUGGUGGCGCCCGCCAGCGUCAUCACCAUCGUCAAGUCGGCGCCCGGCCCCUCGCCCGCGCCUGACCCCGCCCCCUGCUCUUAGUACC